CAGGGGGUCUCUGCAAGCCACACCCACUGGCUGUACAGUUCCAUCUAUAAAAGGAAGCCCGGGUGUCGGCCGCUCUCUCCAACGCAUUUUACACAGCCUGCAAAAAGCAUCUCGACGACGAGUCGCUUGCCUGGAGCAAUGCAGGAGUGGAGUGAGUCGAGGACCUUGAGACCGUCUAGUCGGGCUGGAGAUGGACGUCGAUUCGACGGGACGUGGGUGCGACGUCGUCCGUCGUUGCGGAUGGCUGUUCGUGGCUGCCGUGUGGACGGGGUCGCAAUGUCCUGUUGUACAUACUGUAAUGCACCAAUUUGACUACGAGCGCCAAUUCGAUUUGUGAUUUCUCUGUAUCAUAUGUACUUGUCCCAUCGACGAUGUCCCCGCAACGGAUGGCCAUCGCAUCGCUGCUCUGUCCAGACGACCAGCCCAGUCCUGCGCACGAGCCAGGCCGUGUGAGACACCCAGAGAAACCACGCACGAUCGAUGCCCUUCUCCACCCCGCCCCAGUGCCGGCCUCCACUCAGCCCCACCCAAUGAUAGUGACAACGACGACAACGGCGGCGGGGGCGGCGCUCUCCACGCCGGGCACGUCUCCCUCCCAGCACCGAGCCAUGUCCUCAUCGUUCUCCUACUCGCCGACCGACUCCAUCAGACACCCGUUUCCCUCUCCCCGCUACUCCCCGCUCCACUCCACCCGCACGCCCUUCGCCGGUCUGCAGGCACUCGUCCAUGUUGCCUCUGAAGAACAUCGUCGCAUCAGCACCCUCGACAGAGAGCGAGAACACCCCGAUUCUCGUCUGCAUUACCACCACAACUACAACUACCCGAGACACCCCGACAUCGACUACCACCACCGCCCCAACAAGCGUCUCCGCGUGUCCCGUUCCGCUUCUCCAUCCCGCCCCCCAUCCCCCAACACAGACACACACCCCUCCACUCCUCCUCCACCUUUCCAAUCCGAGCAACACGCUGCACGCGGUCGCUCGGCUAGCGGGAGCUCACAACACAGACAACCGCCACCAGACUCGCAAUACUCCCGUUCUUACGUCCACCUCGUGCAUCCCACCAGCCGUGUGCCACACCCGAGCACAUUCUUCCCACCCGUGUCGCACUCCCAACACUCGCCUCUCCUGCCUUCCCCUCCCAUACACCUCUCCCGCGCCCUUCCAUCGCCAUCGCGCCAUCCGCCACUGCACUCGUUACUGCCACAACCACAAUCAUCUCCCCAGUCGACACGUCCUCCUCCCUUCUCUGGCGCAGCCUUCACCAGCACCACCAGCGUACCGAGAAUGGUUGGGGGUAUCUCGCUGCUAAGAGAGGACGUGUCGCCCCCCAGAUUCGAGACAUCGCGACACAGGACGGACCCUCCAUACUUGCGAGUGCAAGAACAUCUGCCGGUGCAGUCCCCAAUCCCACGACUACCAGCAGUAGCAUGGGAUGUCCGACAGGACACCCCACCGAGCGAAGUAAUCCUCUCCAGUAAUCGAGAGAACAAGUCAGAACUCCAACAACCUCAAUCAUCCUUUCCGGUCGUUCCCCUGCCCUCGCAGUUCUCUGAAUUCGAGUCGCACACCGCCGUCGGGCUACACCUACAACCUGGUUCUCUGCCUGUGGGCAAGACUAGCAAUCUUCUAAUGCAACAGCGAUCGGUGCAAGACACACACCCCACAGAGCAGGUCUUCUCGUUACCACUUGCGCGUACGGACAACUCUGAGGUCUAUAUCGAGGCACAGUCUUUUGCUGACAGCAGGGAUGCACAGGAAGACGGCAGCUCAGUGGAUCAAUCUACAGCAAAGACUUGGUCUGCACAGCGUGGGCCUACUCCACAUCCAGGAUCGCCUAGCCGUACGCCGUCUUCACUACCAGAGCGGAAUCUGGCGGGGGAUACCCCAUCGCCGGUGGAAAUCCUAGCAACGCCUCCACCCGUAUCUCCCGCCCCACCUCCUCGAGGAAGUCCUCCAGUUGCGUCGGUACCUGCGUCCCCGCAUUCGGAAAGAGUAGCACCAGAGCACACAUAUUCUUAUAUGACAUCACCCCGUCCAACACCAUCUCCGCCACCGCAUGCCGUUCAGCGCGAGGCACGCCAGGGAAUUGACAGUGGACGUACACAAGCUCCCGAGCCUGAAAACGAACCUUCGCAGGCUCUUGCACCUACGAAAAACGAAAAGGUAGAAGAGGAACUUGCAGAUCUUCUCCCCGAGCCGAUGGCAGUCGAUGAUUCCACUCGGAAACCGGCACUGCCGUUGGAACUUGUGCUAGGAGAUGCACCAGUGAUGCCAGUCGUUUCACCAGCAAUUCAGCACUUGGAACCCGAGUUGGGUCUCAAGCUCGAGGGCGAAGGAGGCGAUUUCCAUGUCACAGAGCCUGCAGCGAGCAGGGGUAGCUCUGCGACACCAUCCACAUGCAUCAAAGCAGAGGUACACCCCGAAGCGGACAAUGUCGACACCUUCCUACCCAUCUCAUCUCCGCCCGAGGUGGACUGUAAAUCUGCACGAAAGUUUGAAGGCAGUCAUGACAUGGUUGGCAUGGACAUCGACGUCGACGAGGAACUUCUGAGCCUUAUCGAAGAUCGGCCUCCUAUACGCCGUGUGCAACCCCGUAGUGCCAGUGCACAGGCGCCAAGGGUCGGCGAAGAAUCAGAACAAGGGCCAGCCGUCUCGCGGGCCUCGGCAACCGUCACGGAUGAAGAACCCGAACCGGACUCAGCGCUGCCCCCUAUUCAACGCACGAAGAAAGGCGCUUCCACGACUGCGGCUAAGAAGAAAAAGCAGGAAACUGCCAGCAAGGUACGUCUCUUCAUUUUCAGCUAAUGUCCGAAUCAAAUAUUGAAUUUCGUUCCAACUGGGUUGUAGCCUCCGACCAAGGCUAAGCAACCUCCAAAAUCUCGGGCGAAACCUGCUGCGAAA